AUAUAACCUAUUGAUUAUGUGUAUGGUGCUGGGUCAUCCUUAACUUGGUAUACUUUGAUUUCUCCUGCCAUCUCUCUCAAGCGAUCUCAAACAAGCACAUCAUCAUGGCGUCCUCAGCUCGUAACCCACCAACCAUUUGCGGCGCCACUGCAGCACCGCCGCCAACUCCCUCCGCUCUUCCUUCCAGCAGCCACCUCUCCACAUCGGGUGCUGCUGACCUCCUAUCCGGCCUCCUACGCCGCCUGCCCCCGACCCUCUCCUUACCAACCCGCCACCGUCCGCCCACGGCCACUGCCUCCACCGCCGUAUCUCCUCUCCCCACUCUCUCCGUCAACGGCUACGGGAGCACUGACUUUACCUCAAAUCUCUCCUCCGCCUUUGAGCUCGGUUUCUUUGAACUCAAAGACCAUGGUAUCCGUGCCGAGCUCGCCCUCUCUGCGGAGUCCGACUCACUAGAGCUCUUUGACCUCCCACACGACCAGAGAGAAUCAUAUUUCCCCAGAAACUGGCCACUGGGGUACGAGCCCAGUGACGACGAGGACGGGUCCAGUGACUCGUUCUACCUUGACUCGCAGUGCUCGACCGAUCCAGUAGUCUCGGACUCGUCAUUAUCGCUACCAUCCCUCAAGGAGUUCACCCGUGACAUGGAGCAGGUCGGUCUCCAGGCCAUGGAGUGGCUUUUGAAACAUGCCGGGCUUGAUAAUCCGGCCGGAGAAGAUCCAAGCCGGUUGUGCUCUUUGUUGUGGGUUACUCGGGGGUCUUGCCUUGGCCAAGACGAUCAGAGCGCUUUGGUGCUGGUCGGGUCUUACCCGUUUGUAGUCGGUUUGAGUUACCAAAUCAGGUGCGGACAGAAGUACUUGCUGCGGGGUGAUUCUGGUCGGGUUUCGGUCGUGCCCGAGGUUGGCUCCAUUCUGGUUACGAUCGGCGAUCUUGCUCAGGUGUGGAGCAAUGGGAAGCUGAAGAAAGUGAGAGGCAGGCCCAUCCCGAUCCCAUGUACAGACAUCAAUGCCAACACUACGUCUACAGCAAUAACAAUGUCUCUGCUCAUCACGCUUCCUCUCGAGAGCACCGUCUGCCCUCUCACUGUCACUCCCGAAACAACCUCGACAGAUGCCGAAUGGGGAGGUGAAGUUGUCGAAGAGGAAGAGGAAGAUAACCGAGGAAAAGAGAGGUCGACCAAGAAGGUGGUGUUCAGUUCAUUCCCCUUUGAGGAUUACGCUUGGAGGGUCUACCAUGAAAGGCUGUCCUUCAAGGAUCCUCUCGACCGUUACCGGAUUUGAUUAUCAACUCUUAUAUAUGAUUCGAAACCCGGAUUUGUGUUGCAACAAUCAAGCACAGAGCAUGGAGAUGACACCGAAGUGGAAGACACUGUUGCCAACAUUAUUCGGUAAUUUCAAACGUGCUCGAUGUCAAAUCUGGAGAUACUUGGAAUUUUUCAUUUCUUUCUUUUUCUUACCAAUAUACUUGGAAUUGUAGUUUGUUUCUCCUGAUAUGAGAUUAUGGCACAAAAGGGAAGUUUGGGAAUUUCAA